AUGCUUGUUUUCACCCGCAAGAAUCUCCCUAAGGAUCCUGUCUUUCCUGCAGAUCUGGAGAAGCUCGGAUACUUCAUCAAUGACAAGGAUCAGAUCAGGAAGAUCGCCAACCCGGAGGAGGAAUUCCAGUUCAAAAUCAGCACUAAUGAUCGGUGGAACGAGUUGCAGAGGGAGGCGAUGAAUACUUGCAUUCGCCGCAUCGUUCUUUCCCGUCUCCAGGCUCUUGGUCUGUCGACACUUCGGCUCCCUCUCAAUGCCGGCCCUAAGGAACAGCACGUCCCAAUUUUGGCCUCGCAAAACCUCGGCACUGCAAAACGUAUCGUCGUCGUCUUCGGCGAGCCAAUCCAGGAUCUCGGGAUCUGGGCGUAUCGAACUGUUGGAACAGAAUCCAUAAGUGCAGGUUCGGCGAUCUCUUUCGCGAGAGCCGUUCUCGGUCGAGACGAAUCAGUACAAGACCAUGGGCACGUGUCAAAAGGGACCAACUUGGCUUGCGCUUCCACGAGAAUUUGCAGUAGAUCCACCCCUGCAGAUGACGCGACGGAACAAGAUUCCUCGCAA